AUGCUACAGUUACAGUUGCCAGAGUAUAUAACUCUAUCGCAGAAGAACAUUGACUAUCUUCAUAUAGUGUUGAUGACGGACUAUAUGCUUUCUCUGAAUACUUAUCUCCAACGCAACCGUCAUCUCGGUAGUGCAAGCUGGGAGUUCAGCGAAGCGGGUCCUCAACAUCAGCUUCAUCACCUUGCCAAUCUUAAGAUUAACGGGCAAGUCGUCGCUACGGGCCGAGGGAACAACCGAGGCACAGCCAAGGCAGAAGCGGCCCGCAUCUAUCUUACCAAUGUUGGCGCCCUUUAG